AUGUCACUUACUAAAGAAAAUGAUCCAACUACUCCUGAAGAAGAACAACGUUUAAUUAAUUUCAAAAAUAAACCAGAUUUAACUCAAAUCUAUAAUUUAUAUGAUUUCGAAUAUGUUGCAAGAAAUACAAUCCCAAGUACUGCUUGGAAUUUUUAUAGUACAGGUGCUGAUGAUGAAAUUUCAAUGAGAGAAAAUCAUGCAGCUUUUCAUCGUAUAUUUUUCAAACCAAGAGUUAUGGUUGAUGUUUCAAGAAUUGAUUAUUCAACAACUUUAUUAGGAACUAGAACUUCUGCUCCAUUUUAUAUUAGUGCUACAGGAUUUGGUAAAUUAGGUCAUCCAGAUGGUGAAUUAAACUUAACAAAAGGUGGAGGAAAAGAAAAUAUUAUUCAAAUGAUUGGUACAUUAGCAAGUAUUCCAUUUGAUGAAAUAGCUGAUGCAAGAGUUGAAAGUCAAACUCAAUGGUAUCAAUUAUAUAUGAAUGCUGAUAGAGAAUUAACCAAAAGUCAAAUUCAAAAUUUAGAAAAAAAGGGAAUAAGAGGAUUAUUUAUAACAGUUGAUGCUCCACAAGGUGGAAAUCGUGAAAAAGAUAUGAGAUCGAAAAAAAUUGAUCAACAUAUAAGUGUUAAAGGUGGUGAAAAAAAUGAUCGUUCUCACGGUGUUUCAGUUGCAGCUACAUCAUAUAUUGAUCCAUCAUUAAAUUGGAGUGAUUUACUUUGGAUUAAAUCAAUUACUAGUUUACCAAUUUUAUUAAAAGGUAUACAAUGUGUUGAAGAUGCAGUUUUAGCUGCACAAUAUGGAUGUCAAGGUAUAGUUUUAACUAAUCAUGGUGGUAGACAAUUAGAUUUUUCAAGAGCUCCAAUUGAAGUAUUAAUUGAAACAAUGCCAGUUUUGAGAGAAAAAGGAUUAGAUGUUAACUUUGAAGUUUAUAUUGAUGGUGGUAUUAGAAGAGGUACAGAUGUUUUAAAAGCACUUUGUCUUGGUGCAAAAGGUGUUGGUCUAGGUAGACCAUUUUUAUAUGCUAUGUCAACUUAUGGACCAGAGGGUGUUGAAAAAGCUAUUCAACUUUUGAAAAAGGAAAUUGAAUCAAGUAUGAGAUUAUUGGGUGUUACUUCAAUAGAUCAAUUAGGUCCAAAAUAUGUUGAUAUAAGUUCAUUCCAUAGUAGAUCUGUUCCAGCUGAUAAAUUAUAUGAUAAAGUUUAUCAACCUUUGACAAAUCCACCAUUUAAGAACAGUAAAUUGUAA